GCAAGAGUCUUCGUGUUAAUUCCAUCUCAAACAGAAUCGGAGGAAAUGUUUGUGGUUUUAGAAGGUUCGAGUUUAAUUCACGUUCUACAGACUAAAGUACACACACUGACCUACUUCAUCACGCCAGGUCAUAACCAGCAGGAGACAGUGUGUGUGAGAGCGUACACACAUGUUAGAGGAGUGCUGCGGUAUGUUGGCGUAUCGUUUCUGAAAUAUGUUGAGGAUGAUGCACAGGAGAUGGCUGAGUACUUUGUAAACCAUAGCAACCAGCUUGGUGCCAAUGAACACAGCAAUCUGAUUGGUCAAUACGAUCUGAGUGACAGCACUGUGCGAGCAGAGAUGGAUAAAAAAGUUGCACUUGCUCUGGCAAACCUGCAGACCAACCACAACCUGCUGAACCACACACAUGAGACUCUGCUUCAUGUUUGUGUGCGUUUGGGUUUCGUGCAUGUGUGUGAGUUCCUGCUCUCUCAGCCUGGAGCUCUGAUGGUCAUUAAUUCAGCCAAUCAGAAAGGAGACAGUCCACUACAGCUGGCCCGGAGGACCAAUCAACACACCCUUGUGCACCUACUCACACAUCCUCCAAACCCACUCGUCACUCCACCUGCUGGAGUGUCUCACAUUCGAAUUGACUCAUCCCACCUUUUGCGCUUUAUUCAUGCUUUUGGAGUGAUGUCACUUUCGGUGUGUGUGUCAGAAUGUGUGUCCUCUACUCAGCUACACUCAGCCAUCUUACUGCUCAGAGAGUGUGUCAUGGAUUCUGCCCUCAUACACAGGAUUACAUCACUGUGUGGAACUAUACAGUGCAGAUCAGAUCAUGAGUCUUUAUCAUCAUCUUCAGAAGAUCUUCAGUCAGGAGAAUCUCCUCACACUGUAGUCACACACACAGAUUUAAUCAGCAGCUGCAGUGACCCUGAAGAUGAAGAACUUUUACUGUCCAUCAGCUCAGGUGGAUCAGACACUGAGGCAAACACUGCAGCUGUGUUAAACCAUGAACAAACAGACAUGCAAAAGCAACACUACACUGAGAGCAGAACACGUACACUGGCCUGCACAGAGUAUCUUGAAGAAACAGCUCUCGUCAGUGAGAGUAAGUUGACUGUUAAUGAAGGAGCAGUUGUGGAGGAGACAGGUAAAUGGACAGUGUGGACAUCGAUUCAAACUAAAGUCACACACAAGGUCCCGCUGAAGGCAACCACACUCCCCAUGUUGCUUUGUUCAUCAAGCCACAGCUCUCCAUCCCUGUUCAGCAACAGCCACAAAAAUUUCACCUCACACAGGAGGAGGAGGAGUAAUAGUGAGGGGUGUGGUCAUGAGAUGACAAUGAGGAAAUCGUGGUCUCUGAUUGGUCAGUGUGUCAGUAGUUCCUCAACUCCAUGCGAAAUCACAGUUCCUGCACCGCUGGAUUAUUCCGCUGAGUCAUGGAGUGCUGUUGUCGGCUUUGAAUUCUCACACACGCUUGACCGAAAAACUGUGAAAAGACAGGAAGUGAUCUACGAGCUCAUGCAGACGGAGUUUCAUCACGUUCAGACUCUCACGGUGAUGAUUGAUGUUUUGAGGCGUGGCUUAUUGGAGGAGGUGCAGCUGGAACAGGAUGUGAUUGGUCAGAUUUUCCCAUGUUUGGAUGACCUCAUAACUCUGCACAGGAACUUCCUGAGCGAGAUGGAGAGCAGACAGCACACUUCAACACACCUGAGCAACAGGAAGAACUUCAUCAUCCUCAGAAUCGGAGACAUACUGCUACAGCAGUUCUCAGGUCCAUCUGCAGGUCACAUGACAGCUCUGUAUGGAGAUUUCUGCAGUAAACAGUCUGAAGCACUGAAAAUUUAUAAACAACUUCAACAGAGCAAUAGGAAACUACAGCUGUUCCUCAGACAGCAGAGCAGUAAUUCAGUUAUAAAACGCAGAGAAAUCCCAGAAUUCCUGCUGCUGGUUACGCAGAGAAUCACAAAAUACCCUGUCCUGCUGGAGAGACUACUGCAGCACACAGACGGGGGCGGAGUGGAGCUUGAUGAUGUCAUGGGAGCACUGGAGGGGGUGCGGUCUGUGUUAUCAGGUGUUGAGCUGCAUGUGGAGAAAAUCCAGCGUGCACAGGAACUUGAUGAUAUCAUCAGCCGUCUGGAUAACAAGAGCUUCACCCGCCUGAAGAGUGGAGAGAUCUACAGCAAACACACUCUCUCACACACACCGCACAUACUCACACACUGCGCUACACUCACUUGCAGGACUACAUCAGGCAGACUGAGAGAUGUUUUUGCACUUCUUCUCUCUGAUGUUCUGGUUUUCCUUCAGGAGAAAGAGCAGAAGUUCACAUUUGCUGCUUUGGAGCAGAAGCCUGCUGUCGUCCCUCUGCGUGCUUUGAUCCUGAGAGAAAUAGCCAAUCAGGAUCGUGGACUGUUUCUGAUCAGCAGUGAUGCAGUAGAGCCGGAAAUGUAUGAAAUCCACACACACAAUCGCGAAGAGAGAGACAGGUGGAUCACACUGCUGCAACACACCACAGACAGUUUGCCUGAUGAUGAACUGAAGAAUAAUGAAGAGCUGAAAUGCAAGAACAUAAACACAUUGCAAGAGGCUUUAUUAUCUCUAGAUUUGCAGGUGUAUGCAGUCCUAGAGGAGAAACUCAGGGUGUGUGUUGGGCCUUUAACACACCAGCACCUGCUCAUACAAACACACACACACACACCAUGUGGAGCGACGCUACUGACUGCUGCACAGACAGAGGUAGUAAAUCUGCUGGUGUGUGUGAUGUCACUGCUCUUUGGUUAUCAUGAGUUCAUUCAGCAUGCUGAGGAACUGAGCAAGAAACGUCUAAAACGAAAGGAGCCUCUUAUACUAAAGGUGGUGGACUGUGUGCAGAGUUUAACUCAGAUCUUGUACAGUCUGCAGGCUGCAGUAAUGAUGCAGGACAGUGUGUAUGAGGUUCAGAAACUCCUGAUCCUGGAGGAAGAAACUCUGCAGCCUGCCACUGAUGGGAAGUGCUGUGUUCAGGUUGUCGAUGGGAGUCUAUGCCAUUCAGACAGCAACCACGCUCAGGAGAUGGACAGAAUGAAAAGAGAGAAGGAGGGGCUGGAGGUGGAGCUACAGCAGUGGGCAGAGCAAGCUCAGGCUCUGAGAGAGGAGGAGGCAGGAAUAGAGCGAGAAAGAACGCGAGUCCAGCAAGAGGAGCGACGAAUAAGGAAGGAGAGAGAGAGGAUGGAGAGAAAACUCCUCUCACAGCAAAACUCCACCAAUCGCCAACACAGCCUGUCCAUCAUCCCACUAGACAAAUAAGUGUGUG